AUCUCCACCAUCAUGUCUGUGGUGGAUCAUACAGUCAUGCACGGCAUCUGGGGCAACAACGCGCCUGCGGGGAAGGGGAUGGAGAAGCCGAAGAACAAGGGCUUCAGCCUGGCCAGGAUGAUGUCUCUGAAUUACAGGAAGGAGAAUAAGAAUCCACAGCAGCAGCAGCAGCAGCAUCACAACAACAUGCCCUUUAUGAUUCACUGCCACAUUGGCAAGGAGAUCAAACACAUAUGCAGCAACUGCAGCCGCGGCAGCCACGCGCAGGACGCAGAGGAGGUGGAGAAAUUGGCCUCCAUGCGCUCCGAGUCCCUGGUGCCGCCCGUCCACUGCAGGAGCAAGUUCGCCACUCUGGGACGCCUCUUCAAGCCCUGGAAGUGGAGGAAGAACAAGAGCGAGAAGUUCAAGCAGAGGUCAACAGAUGGUCGCAGUGGCUCCUCAGAAGGUCUCUCGUCAGACGUGAUGUUCAUCUCACGCUCUUCAUCUGUGUUUCCAGCGCUGGAGAGGAAGAUGUCUGUGCGUCAGAGCCGAGAGGAGCUGAUCAAGCGAGGAGUGCUGAAGGAGAUCUUUGAGAAAGACUCCAGGGUCCCGGGAAUGAUGCAGGACGGCCGGCUGGAGAACGGGCUGCCAUCAGGGUCAGACUGUGACCGGACAUCAGAGCUCACAGACAGACAGAGGACCGCCGCCAUGGACUUCCGUGCGUCUCUGGAUGGAGUAUGUGCUCAGGACAACACACUCAAGUCUCUAACGCUUCCUCCCAAGAAAACCAUCACCUUCCAUGGUGACCUUCAGGAACCCCCCGCCAAACCUCAGCUCAUCCAUAAACAGCCUCCCGCUCUGCCACCGAAGCCCUUCUCCAGACUGACCAAUCACAGCACAGACUCAUGUCUGCAGGGAAAGCCGUCUCCUCCUCUACCUCCCAAGAAGGUCAUGAUCUAUGUGCCGCCCACCUCCUCCUCCUCCUCGUUCAGCCAGUACGGUCACCCGCUGCAGCUGCAGUAUGGCGGCGUUCACCAGUCCAGCCGCAUCAUCGACGAGCUGCAGAAGACGCUGGCGCUCGCCAUGCAGAGACUGGAGAGCUCUGCGGUUCACGCGGGUCAGUACGGCUCUCCUCUCCCUGCGGUGGUGAUCGACUGUGACGACGAUAAAGAGAACAUCCCCAACGAAUCCGACUACGAGGAUCUGCCCAGCAUGUAUAAGGAUGAAGAGCAGGACGAGGAUGACGAUGAGGAGGAGGACGACGAUUCUGUCUUUACAAGCACACUGGCGCUGAAGAUCUUGAGGAAGGACUCUCUGGCAGUCAAGCUGAGUAACAGGCCGUCUCAGAGAGAACUGCAGGAGAAGAACAUCUUACCUGUUCAGACGGACGAGGAGCGACUGCAGUCCAGACAGCUCAUCGGCACCAAACUCACACGGAGACUGAGCCAGAGACCCACGGCUGAGGAGCUGGAGCAGAGGAACAUCCUCAAACCUCGUAAUGAGCAGGAGCAGAUGGAGGAGAAGAGAGAGAUCAGACGCCGACUCUCACGCAAGCUGAGUCAGAGGCCCACGGUGGAGGAGUUACGGCGAGCCAAGAUCCUCAUCCGCUUCAACGAUUACGUGGAGGUGGCGGACGCUCAGGAUUACGACAGACGCACGGACAAACCCUGGACGCGACUCACUGCGGCCGACAAGGCCGCCAUCAGGAAAGAGCUGAAUGAUUUCAAGAGCAAUGAGAUGGAGGUGCACGAGUCCAGCCGCCAUCUGACCAGGUUUCAUCGGCCGUAGAGAAGAGUGCCGCUGCCUGAUGCUCCUGUCAACAGCCGGACGGACGUCUGCGGCGCCGCGGCCAUCCAUCACCUUCAGUCCAUCAUCAGAGGAGGAGAGCUGAUACUCAGGCUGAGAGCGGCGGCACGUCCAGCACUUUCAAGCACUUCCUGCCAGCAGGGCUCACUGUUGCACUGACUGCAUUCGCGCGCGGUGGGCUUCAUGUGUGAGACGAGAGCCCAGCGAACGCUUUUACAGACUAUCCAUGUGACAGAUUCAUUGUGCUGCUGUCUGCAGGGUUUUCCUGCUGCUUCACACGCGUCAUUUACUCCAAGAUCCAUUCAUAGCGAGACUGAUCACGAUCCACAGGGAAAACUGGAGUCCAUGAUGUUUAUAUGAAGCAUUUUAUUGUGCGUUCGAGAACUGACUCGUGUAUGAUCUUCUCAUUUAUCGAGUUAUUUUAUACCGUUUUUAUAGUAACUUCUCAUCGUUUGCAUUCUUCUUUUGUUUUGUUGAUCUUUGUCUGUUUUGAAUCCAUCAUCAUGACCUGAUUGUCAUCAUCUUUAUGAUUGUGCAGCAUUUUUUAACAUUAUUUAUUUUUAAGUUAAAUUAUUUUAACUCUCUUUUUACUGUUUAUUGUAGAAUCAAACACUAGAAAGUCAUUUGAGCGCAGUCAUGCAUAUUUCUGCUCUGAAUUCACCUUUAAUAAACGUCACAGUUGAAUUAUGGCGGACAGCAGGUUCAGAUGCUGACAGAAGUGUGAGUUAUAAUCUGAUCAGUAACAGGCUUGAAGGGACAGUUCACCCACAAAUCAACAUUCAGAUUGUCUUCUUUGAUUCUGUUUUCAAGCUACAAUCAUAUUCUGCUUGUACUUUAACAGUUUGCUCAGUGUAUUUUCAUUUAAUUUGUGAUUCGUUUGAAUUAUUGAUCCCCUGAGAUUGUCAGGAGAAUCCAGUCCGAACACACUUCAGUUUGUUUGCAUCAGGAUUGAGUCCAGAUUAUGAUAUUAGUUGUAGGAAUCUUGAACAUUAAGGCACAAAAACAAACAUCCGUCACCGAACUGAACUCAUGUGGAAAGAUUGAACUUUUCAAGGAGCCAAAUCAUCUUUUUAACAAUGCUGUGAUUUUGAAAACUUUGUAGAAAUUGCAUGACUUUAUACGAGGGUGCAGCGCCCCGUCCUGACCAGCAUCAUGUGACACAGCUGUCAGUGGCGGCCGAGAGAUUUCAGCAAUAAAACUGACCUUAUUUACAGCAA